AUGGCGACGGGAGGAGAGAGGUUGUCGAAGCAGCAGCUUGCUGGUAAGUUUCAAAAAAAAACUUUUACAUUAGAUGAAAAGAUUAAGUUUUUGGAUUUUGCUAAGAAAAAUCCGAAAUUUGGAUGCAGAAAACUUGCAGAUAUUCACAGUAUCGGGAAAACAGCAGCAGCUACGAUCUUGAAGAAUGAAAAGAAAAUUCGUACUCAAUAUGAAAUGUUUCGUGAAAAAAACAAGAAACGUGAUCAUCAUGGAAAGUACCAUAAGUUGAAUGAAAUUUUAUUCGAAUGGUACCAGAGAUGUGCUGCUUCUAACAUCUACCCAAAUGGUGUUAUGUUGAAAGAGGAGGUGAUUGCAAUAAAGGAGCAACUAAAGAGCAGUGAAUUUGACGAUUUCAAAGCUUCUGAUGGCUGGCUAGAUCGCUGGAAAUCCACCUUCUCAAUCAAAGAACGUCGCAUUGUUGGCGAAGCUGGAGAUGUAUCUACAGAAGCCGUUUCUUCUUGGAUAGAGAGGGUGAACGAAUUGAUUGAAGGCUACUCUUUGGAUAACAUUUGGAACAUGGACGAAUCUGGCUGUUUUUUUAAAGCCUUACCAGAUAAAGGAUUAGUCUCAAAAGGAAAACAAGCAAAGAGUGGCAAAAAAUCAAAACAAAGAUUAACUGUCGCUUUUUUUGUCAAUGCAGCUGGCGAAAGAGUUGACGAACCCAUUAUUAUCUGGAAAAGUAAAUCACCACGCUGUUUCAAAAGAUUAAAGGAUCCUUCACGCCCUGCUGAUGUUCAUUACUUUUCUAAUCCUCAAUCUUGGAUGACAUCGGAUGUCAUGGAAACCGUAUUGACACGUUUUAACAGAAAGCUGGUACUCGAAGAUAGAAAAGUGAUCCUUUUUCUCGACAAUGCUCCCUGUCAUCCAGAAUCCAUUAUUGGCCAAUUCUCGCAGAUCAAGAUCGUCUUUUUACCGAAAAAUACAACUUCGAGGUUGCAACCACUAGAUGCAGGCAUCAUUCAAAAUUUCAAGGUCAAAUAUAGAAAAAGAUUUGUUAAAUACGUAUUGGCAAGAAUCCAGGAGAACACAUCAGAAACUGAAAUUGUCAAGGCUAUCAACGUGCUUGUUGCUAUUCGCUGGAUACAAGAUGCGUGGAAGGAAGUAUCCAGCUCGACAAUCAAAAAUUGUUUUCAGAAAUGUGGCAUCAAAAGAGAUAGCGAGGAGAUAGAAGAAAAUGACGGAGAUGAUGAUUUGGAGUUUGAGGCACUUAAGGUCAGAGAUGAUAGUAUCGAUGCAAUCUGCAAUCGAGAAAAGCCAGAUGAUCAGAUUCAGGAAAUUUCUGACGACGACCAAGAUGACGAGGAUAAUGACGACUAUGGGCCAGAACAAAAAGAGCAGAUGAGCUGCAAAGAAAUCAUCAUAACGUUGGACAAAAUGCGCCGUUGUACCGUCUUCGAUGAAGAAAGUCAAAAAAUGCUGACGGCAGUUACAAAAAAGAUUGAGGAUCUACAAAUUAAAUGCAAGAAGCAAGCCUCUAUCAAAGACUUUUUCUUGUAA